AUGAGAAAGCGCCACGGCCUCGAGAAAGCGUGUGCGCACGCGCUCCGAGCUGGUUCGCUCCUGGCGCUCCCAGGGCAGGAAAAUCGAAGACCCGAACUUGCGCCUGCGCACUCGGACUCCGCCGCUGCUGUGGUCUCGCGCCCCGCCCCCCGUCUUCCCCCCCCACCCGACCCCGCCCCUCCAGGCUCGCGCUCAGCGGCGGAGGUGGAGGUGGAGGUGCAGUCGGGAGCCGACCUACCCGAGUUGAAGUCGCGCGGCCGAACGCGGCCCGCGGGCAGGGCGCGGAAAGGGAGUAGGCAGGAGCCUGGGGACGAGCCGGGGGCAGCGAGGGAGGGGAGCCCCCCUCCACUAUUGCCUGCACGGACACCGCCUACGCCGCGGGCGCGGACACUAGCUCCCCACUUGCUGUGCUCCCACUCAAUGGGAAGGGAACCAAGGUACCCGGGCCUUGACAUUGGCACAGAAUCUGAGAGGGCCUUGUCCAGCCAUCAGUCACGGCAUCCUGACAGCUUCAGGAUGGAAGUCAAAGGUCAGCUGAUCAGCUCUCCCACCUUCAAUGCCUCAGCUGCCCUGUUUGGAGAGGCUGCCCCCCAGAUGAAGUCAGAGCGUCUACGGAGUCUGCUCGACCGGCAGCGGGCCCUGCAGGAGGCCCUGAGCCUGAAACUUCAGGAGCUGCGGAAAGUGUGUCUUCAGGAGGCGGAGCUGACUGGCCAAUUGCCCCCCGAGUGCCCACUGGAGCCUGGUGAACGACCCCAGUUGGUCCGCCGGCGCCCCCCUGCAGCCCGCGCCUACCCUCCACCGCACCCCAACCCAGCACACCACUCCCUGUGCCCCGCCGAGGAGCUGGCGCUUGAGGCCCUGGAGCGGGAGGUGUCUGUGCAGCAGCAGAUCGCCGCAGCUGCCCGCCGCCUGGCCUUGGCUCCCGAGCUCAGUGCCGAGCAGCGCCGGCGCCGGCGCCAAGUCCAGGCAGAUGCCCUUCGGAGGUUGCACGAGCUGGAGGAGCAGCUUGGGGAGGUCCGGGCCCGCCUUGGCCUCUCGGGGCUCCCGCCAUCCCAGCCCCUGCCCCUGUCCACCGGAGGAGCCGUUGUCACCACCCAGGGAGUCUGCCUGGGCACGCGCCUCGCUCAGCUCAGCCAUGAGGACGUAGUUCUGCACUCGGAGAGCAGCUCCCUCUCAGAGUCUGGGGCCAGCCAUGAUAAUGAGGAGCCCCGUGGCUGCUUCCCUCUGGCUGAGCGCCCCUCACCGCCCAAGGCCUGGGACCAACUGCGGGCAGUCUCUGGGGGCAGCCCUGAGCGGCGAACCCCAUGGAAACCACCCCCAUCAGAUCUUUAUGGGGAUCUGAAGGGCCGGCGAAACUCUGUGGCCAGCCCCACCAGCCCUACACGCUCACUGCCCAGGAGUGCCUCCAGUUUUGAGGGGCGAAGUGUGCCUGCUACUCCCGUCCUCACCCGGGGCGCUGGCCCCCAGCUCUGCAAACCCGAAGGCCUCCAUUCUCGCCAGUGGUCCAGCAGCCAGGACUCCCAGAUGGGCUUCCCACGGGUGGACCCUGUCUCCGACCGCACCUCCCUCUUCGCAGCUCGCACCCGCCGCAGCAAUAGCUCCGAGGCCCUGCUGGUGGACCGGGCAGCGGGUGGGGGAGCUGGCUCCCCGCCGGCACCUCUGGUUCCCCCUGCCACCGGUCCCCCAGUCUGCAAGAGCAGUGAGGUGCUAUAUGAGCGCCCCCAGCCAAUCCCCGCCUUCUCCUCCCGCACUGCUGGCCUCCCAGACCCUCCCCGCGCUGCCCGGCCCAGCUCAGCCGCGCCGGCCUCCCGCGGGGCCCCCCGGCUCCCACCCGUGUGUGGGGACUUCCUCUUGGACUAUUCCCUGGACCGGGGCCUGCCUCGCGGGGGCGGCGGGACAGGCUGGGGGGAGCUGCUGCCCACAGCUGAGGUUCCAGGACCCCUCUCCCGCCGGGAUGGGCUCGUCACCAUGCUCCCAGGCCCACCGCCUGUGUAUGCAGCUGACGGCAACAGCCCCCUCCUCCGCAGCAAGGACCCCCAUAGUCGUGCCCCCCGCACCAAGCCCUGUGGUCUGCCCCCGGAGGCCGCCGAGGGCCUGGAGGCGCAUCCCAACCCUCUGCUGUGGAUGCCCCCACCCGCCCGUAUCCCCCCGGCCGGUGAGCGCAGCGGCCACAAGAACCUUGCCCUGGAGGGGCUGCGGGACUGGUACAUCCGGAACUCGGGACUGGCCUCGGGGCCCCAGCGCCGGCCUGGGCUCCCCCACAUGGGCCCGCAGCACCCGCCCUUCCUCCAUGCCCGCUGCUAUGAGGUGGGCCAGGCACUGUACGGGGCCCCCAGCCAGGCGCCGCUCCCGCACUCGAGGAGUUUCACGGCGCCCCCUGUCUCCGGCAGAUACUACGCGGACUUCCUGUACCCCCCGGAGCUGAGCGCUCGUUUAAGUGACCUGACGCUAGAGGGGGAGCAGUCCUCCGGUUCUGACCCCCAGACCCCAGGAACACUGGUCUGA